AUGGAGCAAGAGAGAUGGAGGGAAUCAGAGAACAGGAGAGGGAAAGAGAAACCAAGAAAGAGACUACAUAUAGUAGAGAAGAGAGAUGGAGAGAAAGAUGGAGAGGCCUGUGGGUGCAGUGUAAAGGUCAGUGUGUAUGUGACCGUGUUAAGAACUGGUGGGAGGCUGAGGAUAAUUAUAAAGUGUCUGAGCUCACCACACUCCUCCACACACUCAUGGGAAGACUGCCUGUCCAUCAAACACGAGAGGGUCCAUGGGGCCGAGUACAUACACACACACACACACACACACACACACACUCAAAAAACGGGGCCGAGUAUACACACACACGGACAAACAUGCACAUACAAUACACAGCAGAUGCAUGCACACACAUAAAUUGCAACCCUAAUCCCUCGCCUUCUCACUAAAGCAAUUCCACCCUCAUUUGCAAUAUCCAGCAGCUCAUAUUCCCACACUUGAUGCGUUUGUUAUAUUGCAGAGAAAUAUCCUGUCUAUUUUCCUAUUCUUUCUAUUUAGAAUUCUCAAUCAGUCUCAUAAUUCAAAGUAUCUUUGAGCUGAACUUCCCAACUGGAGUAUUAAAAGCCUAUUAAUGAAUAGUGCUGAAACGGUUGUUUCUGGGAGGCGUGUGUGUGUGUGUGUGUGUGUGUGUGUGUGUGUGUGUGUGUUGUGAGUGUGGCCUUGCCUGCCCCUGCAGUAUUAUUUCACAGGACUUGCUAAGCAUUUAUGAGCUAAUUAAGGUUGCAGAGCUGGUGAGCUGGUGAUAAGGCCCUUCUCUGGCCCCAUUAUUAAUGUUCCACGCUCCACUGGGGCUCCAGAGGGGCCCCAGACCUGCAAGCUGCCUAAUUGGAAGCACUGGAUCUGUUUGGGGAGAAUUCUGAUGACUUUCUGAACAAAGUGUGUGUGUAUCUGUGUGAAUUUGUGUGUGUGCGUGUUUGUGCUUGUUUGUGUCUACUUGGGGUGUGUGUGCUACAUGUGGGUGUGUUUGUGCGUGGGUGCAUUUGGCAAUUUGCGUUUGGUAAGCAUGUAGCCCAGCUCUGCUCUGACCCACAUUUCAGAGUGAGCCCCAUUAUUCGGUCUCUUAAAGUAUGUUUCACUUGGGAAAAACACAGCACAGAGCUCCAGACCACCCCUGGGAAUUCCCACAGCCUCCAGAACAUAAAAUAAGAGCUGCCAAUAUCAUGAUUAUAAAUGUUCCUAAUGUUGUAUUGCAAAUUUCAUUUUGUCAUGGUUUGUUUUCUUUCAAACUUCCACCUCAGCCAGCACCCCCACUAAGAAAUGUGAGGUGUCAUGAAGCUGUGAAAUACUUUACCACAGGUCCAAGGUAGAGGCUACUGUUUGCUCAGGGUCAAUGUUAAUGUGAGUGGUGAAAGUUUCCUUUUCCUUUCCCCCAUCUCUGACCCCAUGAAGACUGUAGCCACGACUCCCCCCUCCCCCCAGACCUAGAGCCCAGACCCUGUGGUGUCUGUCUGUGGCUGCCUCAUAAAACAGCACAUAAAGAGAGCCCCUCCUUUGAAGCCGGACAAUGACCUCAAACUUGUUGCUCUCGGAAACACCCCUCUGCUAUUGUGGUGGUCGCAAAAGAACCAGCGGGAGAGACUUCCUGCAAAAAAAACAUUUGGUGUGUGUUGGGGUCUUUUUUAUUUUUGCCAUGGAGAUGGGAGAGGGCCUAUGGAGAGUGGGGGUUGGGUGUGGUUUUCAGUGUUGGUUGUUAAAGUUCCUUCCUGCCUGAGCUCUGAUGUCAUCGGUGCAGGCCUCAACCCAACACAGCACUGCAUGAGGCUGAAAACUGUUCCGCCCACAAACACGCAGAGAAAAUGGGAAACACAUUCAUGCUGUUAAUUAAUCGCCUGUUUAGAUACUCUGGUCCAGUUUGCCCCCUACACGCUCUCACGCAGACACAGACAAAUAUGCCCAGUACCCUCUCUUUCUGUGUGUGAAUCACCUCCUACGGGGUUGAGGGAAUAUUCAUGCGUGCCACAGCAAAGGCAUCAAAAACAAGUGCAACGAACAGUAUAAAAUGGCUGAACUCCCUAAGAGACUGCAAUAGUACCAAGAGAGACUGCAAUAGUACCAAGCAAACAUGUUUGGCUCGGUUUUCUAAUUUUGUCUCUCAGCUGUUUUUCCCUCCCAGAAUAAACGUCUUCUGUUUGCAGAUGAUUAUGCUUGUCCCCAGUGUUAGUGCUGUGUGUCAGUGCUGUGUGGUUCCCUGCUGGUCUGAGGACAGGACUAUUCCCUUCCUAAUGAAAGACACUGAGCUGGAAUCACGUUGACGUGAUGCCUUCCCUCACCUCGCUUCAAAUUGUGUUCCAACCUUCGUCAUGACAUCUAUUCAUCUGCUCUAUUUAUACAGACACACACUACACUACACACACACACACACACACACACACACACACACAAACACACACACACACAAACACACACACACACACUGUAUAAACACCUCCACACCAGGCAUCUCGCAUAACCCAAAUCUGUCACAUUCCACAUUGAACGAAGAUGCAACAACAUGUUUUUGUUUUGUUUUGUUUUUUUCACACAGCCAAAGCUUUCCUCUUCAAAGUAAAACAUAAAACAUGGACAACAUCCGUUUUCUGUCUCCGAGUUUUUGUCCUCUGAAGUUCAUUGUAAUAUUCUCAGUCUUUCCUCAUCUCAUUUGUGCGGUGUGAUGCUGGUACAGAAGUAGCUGUCCCUGUCAAGCAGCUGUGUGUGAGUUUGUCCCUGUCACAGAGAGAGAGACAUCCUUCAUAUGGGAGGACAGGACAGGCAGGACACAGUGACAGUGGUGAAUCACGUCUGCUGGGUGUUAAUCUCAUCUCCUGGCAAUUAGCUGCUUCUCAGUGUGAUGCAGGGAGCAGACAAUGAAAGGGACAUGGAAUGAAUCACCACCUAAUUACUCUCCCUCCAUACCACACCACAUCGAUCCCGUCACAUUCAGAUUCUAGCAGUUUUAUUAGAGUGAUUAUGGGCUGUUUAUCAUCAUUUCCCCAUCCGAUACCUUUAUCCACAGCUAUUUGCUAGUCUGUUAUGGUAGAUUAUGGUUGAUGCAGCGCUUUAGGUGGCCAUAUGUAAUCAGCUGGGUACAUUCUGAGGUGGCGGAGGUGGAGAGCUUUUCUCAAGGAAACAGCAGAAAUACCUCACCUUGAUGUGGGUGCCAGGAAAGUCCAACUCCCUAGCCGCAGUUCAAUGUCCACACUUCUGCCUUCUCUCCUUUUAUUUUGUUGAUUUUCUGUUUUUUUUUACCUACCACUGUCCCUAUUCUUUGGAGGACAACUUCAUUUAUAUCUGUACAAUUAGUUGAUACACAAUAUGAUGUGUGCAGUGAAGUGAAGCUGCAUCUCUUUGCAUUGAGGCCCACCCCUAUCGCUGUGGGAUAGGACUUUCUCUUUCUAAGCCCAGCCCACACCCCAACACCCUCAGCCGCUGUUCCUCUGAGUGUGGGUCCCUGACCUCUGAACCGUGGACUGUGGUCUGGACCCACUCACCACAGGGACACCAGAUGAGGUGGGCCCACCUCGCAGGCCAACCAGUGGCUGGUUAAGGACCGGCUACACACACACAUUAGACAUGGUACCAGAUGAGCAAAGACCCUAAACAAAGACUGUGGUUUAGAAUGCUAUCUGUCUUCAAGCUUGAAGUUAAUCAAUGUCAUUGAGUUCUUUAACUGCCUAUAUGUGACACAUUUAACUUUAUCUUGACUUCUUAUCGUGACUUUUGAUAAUAGUCCAUAAAGACUACGUUGACUUUGUCUGUUUUUGUUGUUGUUGUUGUGAACAAUAUGUACAGCAGGGUAUUCAAUUCCGGUCCUGGAGGGCCGAAACAUUUACGUUUUUUGUUUCUACCUGGUAGUUAAUUGCACUCACCUGGUGUCCCAGGUCUGAAAUAGCCCCUGAUUAGAAGGAGAGGAUGAAAAACAGAGGUGUUUCGGCCCUCCAGGACCGGAAUUGAAUAGCCCUGAUUUAAUAGUACAGUAAGAGUGGAGGGCUUCCCCAAGUUGAAGAGCUGUGUUUGUGGGUCAACACAGGAUCUCUAAAGUUUACCCAGCUUGCCAGCCAGGGGGGUGACACAUUUCACCCCUCUGCUCUAAAACGGUCAUUUGCAGCUGAGAAUGCUGGGAGUGUGAAGGGGCUUGUUAUGGAAGUCCCUGCUUGGUUGGUUACUCUGUCUCCUCUCUCGCCCUCUUUCUCGCUCGCUCUCCCUCUCUCUCUCUCUGUUUCACUCUCUCUGUCCCUCUCACUUUCUCUCUCCCUCUCUUUCUCUCUCUCUCUGUCCCUCUCUCUCUCUGUCUCUCUCUCUGUCUCUCUCUCUCUCUCUCUCUCUGAAUCCAUCACUCGCUCUCAAGCGAUCUCUUUCUUUGGCAGACACUAUACUUUGCUUACUUAUGCUUAAGUCAGAAAAGAACAAAUUCAAAUUUGUGUCAAAAGGUUAAAGACUUCUCAAAUGUUCUUUUUGAGAAAUAUGUAAUCAUUUGCACAUGUAUACUAAAUGAGUCCCAGAUGGCAGGGUUCAUGUGUUCAGCUUUUUGUGCAACCCUCAGAUUCAUGCUAUGUCAUCAAAAAAUGUGCUCACUCAUGUCCUUUUCUAAUGUGGAAGACAUCUUAUACUGCUUGUUUUUAUUUUUAUAUAUUUAUCUAUCCAUUUUCUGUGUCAAUCUAUCCAUUUUCACUAUCUAAAGAAACUGAAGCUGUAUUGAUUGGAAAUGGUUAAGGAAAAUGGAAAACCUCCCCUAUGUCCAUAUUAAAGGGUCUGCGUUUUGUGAGUAAUCAAUGGAGUUUAGGGUGAAACAGUAGGCUGAUCUGUUAGUCAGGUCUGUGGCCUUGGGGGAUUCACAGAGGAACCAGGCUUGGUCAGGCCGAGCUGAAUGCUGAUCAAUAGGCACAUCAAUUCCAGGUACACUAUAUCUCUCUCUGAAGGAGGUCAGCACAGCAGAGGGCCCAUGGGCCACCAUAUCGACUGAGGGCGGUGAUUUAGUGAUGGCCAAGGGCUCUGCACUGGGAGACAGAAAGGAACUCCAUCACUGAGUCUGGUCCCUCAUUGGUUGAUCCGUGUCAGUGACCUCACCCCUCCAGCCACUGUGUAGGAAGAAUGACCUCUCAUCUUACAAUGAGAAAAACAGAAGGAUCUGCCAAUGGAAGGUUUGAAUCAAUCGAUGAGAAACCCAAUGGGAGAAUCUCCUCUAUAUUAAUUACUCAGUCCCCUGUAGCUCAGUUGGUAGAGCAUGGCGCUAGCAACGCCAGGGUUGUGAGUUCGUUUCCCACGGGGGGCCAGUAUGAAAAUGUAUGCACACACUAACUGUAAGUCGCUCUGGAUAAGAGCGUCUGCUAAAUGACUAAAAUGUAAAUGUAACCAGCCACCUCCCAACUCCUGGUGGCACCAGGAGUUGAUUUGAUGUUGACCAUGUCAGAUAAAUCUCUUCGUUCCACUGCUAUUUCUCUUAAAUUCUCUCUCUCAUGCUGUGUCUGUCUCAUGUGUGUUUCUAAUGAUUGCAUAUUUACACUCUGUCUAACUAGCGUAUAACUGAGAAGGGGUUGAGCCUGACAUAUUAGAUUCAUAAUGGAGGCUUAUGUAAAACGUGACAGCCUUGCUAUCUGGUUUUCCUGGUCAAUAUUACCACAUCAUAAUAUGCCUUUUAGCAGACGCUUUUAUCCAAAGCGAUUUACAGUCACGUGUGCAUACAAUCAUCAGACUGAACAGUCUAUUUAUUGCCAUUGAUUUAUGUGAUGCUAUUUAAGAGCAACCCACACAUGGAUAGAUGGGGGUUAGAAAUAGCGACAGUUAACAGCAGAAUCACAGCCCAACAGUACUUCAGAAAUGUCAGCCUAGGUAAAUGUCUGCUAUUUUAGAUCUUAGUACAUUACAUUGCCCCCGCAAUAAAUUAACUCCGAAAAGUACAGAGGGAACUCAAUAUUGUACAUGUAUCUCUUCAGUUUGGGUGUGGGUGUACAUGUUCCUAGAGUUAUUUGAGAUCUUAUGGUAUCUGGGUUGGUAGUACAGUCCUUCCAGGCUGUGGAUUAAAACAGUGGGUUCAUUUACGAUACACUCUCUCAUCCUCCACUACCCCCAGGCACUGUUACCAAGAACCAAAUCCCAAACACACUGUUACUCCAGUCUCCCUCCUUCAUCACAGUGUCUGCUUUGAAUAAUCUCCAUACAUAAUCACUGGCAUUGUGCAGUGAAUGGAGGGGGCUGGAGAUGGCCUAGCAGGCGGUAGUCAAAUGCUGAAAGAGGCCUUCCCAUAUGUGUGUCACAGCAUGUCCUGUGUCUGGGCUCUGGGGCUCCAGGAGGGCAGGGGGUGUUUGUUCUCUCCAUGCCUGUGCCGUGCAGCCCUGGCUGGGCACACAGAGGACUGUCUGUGCCUGGAGAACCACAGGAGCGCUGGGUGCCUGUGGGGAGAUAAACGUGCUCAGAGUGUGGAGUGUGAAAGGGGCAGGACACAGGAUUUACUUUAGAAUAGCCGGCCUCGCCCUCCCCCUCUACACACACAUACACGGUGUGGUUCACAGUUCAAAUAAACAGGGGCGAAUGGCAGGCUGGGAAGUUAUAAACAGCCUUGUGCCAGGGUCAUUUAGUUCCUCUCAGGGUGUUGCUCUCUCACUGAUUUCUAAUGGGCCAAAGUCUACCAAAGGGGAGGUAAUAGAAGCUACAGUGAGGAGCGGGGAAAGACAGAUGGGAGAGUACAAGUAUAAGCUUUUGUUCUGGGAAAUGUGGUGGAGGGGCUCCUGAGUGUCUCAAUACCUCUACCUUUUGUUGGACUGUCUGCAACUGUUGAUCGUGUGUGUAUGUGUGUGUGUGUGUGUGUGUGUGUGUGUGUGUGUGUGUGUGUGUGUGUGUGUGUGUGUGUGUGUGUGUGUGUGUGUGUGUAUUUGUGCAUGCCUGUGUGUUCUGCUGAGUUUUCAUUAUUACACAGCACACGUGGAUUCUGAAUGAGUCAUCUAUCUAUUCCUUAGUGCUGUCUCAGACUUUCUCCAAUCAGUCCUUGUGUUGCCAACGCCAACACUACGCAUACUCCAUUGAGUGGUGGGCUCACACUCACUCUGUGUUUGAUAACAGAAAUCCACAGCUCACUCCAAAGAUCCUAGAAAUGCCAAUCGCUCUCCAGUUACCAAUCCAUAACUGCCACCGGAGCUGGACCAGACAGCCCCUGUGGAGAAAGCAGCGGUGGUUAUAUCGACAUGGAGCUUGUGUGUCAUCGGCUCAUCAUCGAUCACAGCUUGUUGCAGGAAAUCGGAUAAUUAAAUGGAUCUUGGGUGGAAUGAAUGGGUGGUUGUUUUAUAUCAGGGUUGGUUGAGAUGAAACACUGUUAAUUGGAUGAGGACCCCCCUCCUCCCAGAACCUCUGCUGUGUGGUUAGGAAGUCAUCCUCUUUAUGACCUUAUUGACCACUUAGAUAAGCUCGUGGCCUUUUGUUCUGCUGGCUCUGAAAUCAGGUUGAAGUGUAUUAAAGCCCCCUUUUUCUCUUCAUCUAGUUUAAUCUGUUCAUAACAGACAACUCUAUUUCAUCCUGGCUCUACACACCUUCACUUUUAACUUAUUCUGCAAAACCUCUAUCAAUUAAAUACAUUUUUAUUAAAGAAUAGCCUGUAGUACUUAAAGCAUAAGUCCCCUGUGAGAAAGUUAUCCAAGUGAAACGCUUUAGGUUGGAUUAUUGAUGUGAAAGCGGCAGGGUAGAAAUGGAUUAGUGAAUAAGCCAGGUCUGUUUUUUUAUUCCUGGGUAGGUCUACAUAUAGUUUAGACGGGCUUGACAGUAGCAGAUUGGUCCUGUACGAAAAGCUUCUAACCAAUCGUAUUUUGACAACACCAACCCAUCAAACUGACUGGAGCUUGGUGUUUGUAACAGGCAAGUAGUAGGCUGAUUGGACUCUGAUCUGAUUUUUCUGAGGUUUUGUAUUUGCUAUUGCAAAUCACAGAGGUAUUUAAAGCAGGAGCCAAUGGUAAUAUUUUUCCCAGCAGAUUAAUGAGAGUGUCCUGGCUUUCUCUAAGUUUCUCUGUCUCGCUCUCUCUCGCUCUCUUGCUCUCUCUCUCGCUCACUCUCCUGUAACAGGAAGCUAUAGCAGUCCAUCCUGGACUCGGGUCCAAGCCUUCCCUGAUCCCUAACCCUGAUACAUUUACCAGACUGCAGUGUGUGUAUGUGAGCGUGCCCGCCUUUAAGAAGGCAAGAGCCCUAUAUGGUCUUUUUUGCCAGUACAUAUUCAUUGCCACUUGUUGUCUUUCUAAGUUUAUUGGUGUACCCUUACUGGCACAAAUUACAUGUGACAGAUAUAAAAUGGCAAUUAUAAAAGCUUAAUAAAUGUAACUGUUCUGUUUUCUUAGUCUACUACAUGUUCUUAUUCGUGGAACAGCAAGGAGGAAAAGUCUCCUCUAGACAGAUGUUUGAGGAAUGUUCUGCUUGAAUUGUGUUGAUAACAAAUUGCAAAUCAAACGUAACUAUAAGUGGACAUAAGCAGAGCACUGUGCUCCCUCCUGGUCCCUGACGAAAAUGGACAGAAAGAGCCUCUCAGGCAGACCCACCACUGUUUGACUGAUCCUUCUGUCCUUCCAGCCAGUCUUUCUCAACUAAAUAUUUAAACAUGGCAUACUUAAGCAAGGGUUUAUUUAACUAAAAGUUUGAAUUGCUGAGGUUUAAACCAUUACAGGAGGGUCUGGAGAAAGUGGAGCACGACCCAGGUGAUUGGCUAAAACAGGAGAAGAUGAUCACACACGUUGGCUGUGUUUAGAUCACUGGGGAUUUGUACUCCCCCCCCCCCAGACCACAGCCUGUGUUCAGUGUUGCAUCUUCUAUUCCUCUCUUGAAGCAGUAUGCAUUAUCAAUAUGUACAGUACUGUUGUUCUGCAUACCUGGCUGUGGUGUUGUAAAGUGCAUCUGAGGCUUUAGUUUACUGACAGAAUGGGGCGAAAUCAUGUAUCAAGCUGCUGCUGUUUUGGCUCUGCUGUGGUCAUCCUAAUGAGGCUGAUCAGAUCUAUUAUUAACGAAACAUCUGGUAACUCCUCUCCUCUCCGUAUGGCAACUGGGAUGCCUGCAGGGAGAGAGGAGAGGGCUGAGGAGCUCCAAGGAGGAGAGGGCUGAGGAGCUCCAAGGAGGAGAGGCUUCUAGAAUAGAACUCUGUGGUGUUCCAGAACCCUGCAGUCUGACUGAAUGGGAGUGACCAGCCAUUGAGAGAUGCUGAGGUACUGACCCCUACAUGGCCGCCGUGACUAUGGAUUAUUCCUUAGCACCUUAGAGAAUGCUGCCCUAUGUACGUAGUCAUUGAACCCUGGUCACUUUAAUAAUGUUUACAUACUGUUUUACCCACUUCAUAUGUAUAUACUGUAUUCUAGUCAAGGCUCAUCCUAUGUAACUACUGCUGUACACACCUUUUCUAUUCAUAUACUGUCCAUACUGUCUAUACACACCAUUAUACAGUAUAUAUAUAUAUAUAUAUAUAUAUAUAUAUAUAUUUAUUUAUAUUCCGGUCUCUGACAUUGUUCAUUCUGAUAUUUUUCAUUUCUUGUUGUGUGUAUUGUUUUGUAUUGCUAGGUAUUACUGCACUGUUGGAGCUAGAAGCACAAGCAUUUCGUGCUGCACCUGCGAUAACCUGCGAUAACGAUAUCAAAUCUGUGUAUGCGACCAAUAAAUGUUGAUUUGAUUUGAUUGAAAUCCUCCACUGGGGGAUGAUUGGGAGCUUAGUCAUAAAACAGCCCCUGGAUAUUUGGUGUGGCAGGAUUAGACAGCAGACUGUUCACUGAAGAGGCUUUUCCAUUUUCUUACAUGUUGAUGCAAAAUAAUUUCUUUCUCAAUUGCUCAUGUUUUUUUCAGUCGACAUUUCCCUUUGCAUCUUCUACGCAUACCUUUACUGACUCCCAAACGUGACCCAGUUAUGUUUUGAAUCUGAAUCCACAUGUAGGACUGGGAAAGCUCACAGAGAGACAGGGGUAGGGUAAUGUACUGUACACUGAGGAACGUGCUCCACAGCCCCUGAGAGCCAGGCUGUCUGUGGCUUGAGAUGGAUGGUCUGAUGGAUGGGGCCCUAGCAACACGUUUCUUCACGCUGAAGAGCUCUUGUUGUAAGUGGGCCAGCAAGGGCAGAAAUAGCCUUCCCCUCAAGAGCCUCUCCUCAAGGUCACUCUAGAGCCCAGGCCCCUUCAAUGCAUGGAGCUGGAGCAGGAGAACACAUGCUCUCCCUGUGGCCUAAUGACUUCCCCAGCCUGGCUAUAGCAGGGCCACUAGACGGAAGGACGGACGGAUUAGAAUUUCAGCCAAACUGGCUACUCUUCUCGUUAUUCUUUCCCCCCCUAUAAAAAAACAAUUCAACACAGAAUAUAAUAAUCACUUAUCUGCUGGGAACAUUAUUGUAGAAGUGCUCUUGAGCUGAGUAUCCAUCCACAGCCUUAGUCCCUUUACUCUAAAUCCUGUCUAUGGACAGAGUACUUGGGUGAACCCGCUGGAUGAGACUGGUAAUAGUAGUAGCAGAGAUUUGGGGAAUUACUCCAACCCCCUGAAACCCCCUAUCUGAGGCUGGAAACAAGGCUAGUCUGAGGGAAAGGAAGUUGGAUCUAUCUAACUGGCUUGUUGAUCCCAAAUGCUUUGAUGCGAGCCCAGUCUCUAGAAAUGAAUGUGGUUAUCUCUAAGUAGUCAUACCAGAAAAGUAGUAUUCUAUGUCUGUCUGUCUGUCUGUCUGUCUGUCUGUCUGUCUGUCUGUCUGUCUGUCUGUCUGUCUGUCUGUCUGUCUGUCUGUCUGUCUGUCUGUCUGUCUGUCUGUCUGUCUGUCUGUCUGUCUGUCUGUCUGUCUGUCUGUCUGUCUGUCUGUCUGUCUGUCUGUCUGUCUGUCUGUCUGUCUGUCUGUCUGUCUGUCUGUCUGUCUGUCUGUCUGUCUGUCUGUCUGUCUGUCUGUCUGUCUCUCUCUCUCUCUCGUCUCUCUCUCUCCUCUCUCUCCUCUCUCUCUCUCUCUCUCUCUCUCUCUCUCUCUCUCUCUCUCUCUCUCUCUCUCUCUCUCUCUCUCUCUCUCUCUCUCUCUCUCUCUCUCUCUCUCUCCUCAGUGAUCAGCUCAGUGAUCAGCUGUUGGGGUGAGACCCAGCUGCCUUGGUGUUAACUCAGUGAUAGUCAUCAUCAGCAUUUGCCACUUGAAAGGAGAGAAGAGGAUGGUGGUGUUAAAACAUUUAAUUGUGGGUCAAUUCAGACCAUUGGAUCCAACGCAAGCUCUUAUAAUGACAGAUCUCUUUUUUUCUUGGUACUUCACUUCCUUCCUUGGUAAGGUUUAGAUAAUAUUGGAGUAUGAUAAAUCAAAUCAAAGUUUAUUGGUUGUGUACACAUAUUUGCAGAUGUUAUCGCACGUGCAGCGAAAUGCUUGUGUUUCUAGCUCCAACAAUGCAGUAAUACCUAGCAAUAUAUACGGAACACAAAUAAAGUGUUGGUCCCAUGUUUCAUGAGCUGAAAUAAAAGAUCCCAGUCAUUUUCAAAACACACAAAAAUAUUAUUUAUCUCAAAUUUUGAGCACAAGUUAUUUAUAUAUCCCUGUUAGUGAGCAUUUCUCCUUUGCCAGGAUAAUCUAUCCACCUGACAGGUGUGGCAUAUCAAUAAGCUGAUUAAAAAGCAUGAAUAUCACACAGGUGCACCUUGUGCUGGGGACAAUAAAAGGCCACUCUAAAAUGUGCAGUUUUGUCACACAACAUAAUGCCACAGAUGUCUCAAGGUUUGAGGGAGCGUGCAAUUGGCAUGCUGACUGCAGGAAUGUCCACCAGAGCUGUUGCCGGAGAAUUGAAUGUUCAUUUUUUCGACCAUAAGCCGCCUCCAACGACAAUUUAGAGAAUUUGGCAGUACGUCCAACUGGCCUCACAACUGCAGACCACGUGUAACUUCACCUGCGGGAUCAUCUGAGAUCAACUCUAUGCGAAGGAGAUGUGUCGUGCUGCAAGAGGCAACUGGUGGUCACACCAGAUACUGACAGUUUUUUUGCUCCACGCCCCUACCUUUUUUUAAAGGUAUCUAUGACCAACAGAUGCAUAUCUGUAUUCCCAGUCAUGUGAAAUCCAGAUUAGGGCCUAAUGAAUUUAUUUCAAUUGACUGAUUUCCUCAUAUGAAUGUAACUCAGUAAAAUCUUUGAAAUUGUUGCAUGUUGCGUUUAUAUAUAUAUAUAUUUUUUUGGGGUCAUUUAGCAGACGCUCUUAUCCAGAGCGACUUACAGUUAGUGAGUGCAUACAUUUUCAUACUGGCCCCCCUUGGGAAACGAACCCACAACCCUGGCGUUGCAAGCGCCAUGCUCUACCAACUGAGCUACAGGGGACUACACUGUAUAUAUAAAAAAAUAAGAAUACACACAUAAUUCCGAAAAAAAAAAGGAAGAAAGAAACUAAAAAUAUCAGAACGAGCAAUGUCAGAUAAGAUCCUCUCAGGAAGUGCAACUAUAAAACAUAUUUGAAAUGACUUAUUAUAAACUGGGUGGUUCGAGCCCUUAAUGCUGAUUGGCUGACAGCCAAACAUUUAUUUUUACUGCUCUGAUUACAUUGGUAACCAGUUUAUAAUAGCAAUAAGACACCUUGGGGGUUUGUGGUAUAUGGCCAAUAUACCACGGCUAAGGGCUGUAUCCAGGCACUCCGCGUUGCGUCGUGCUUAAGAACAGCUCUUAGCCGUGGUAUAUUGGCCAUAUACCACACCCCCUUGUGCCUUAUUGCUUAAUUCACCCCUCCGGACAUUAAGUAUACACUAUCGUUCAUCCUGUUCUUUGAUCGGGACCAAGGCACUGGUAUGCUAAUGCAUGCUUUGGAAGGGAGUAAACCUGUUCUCCUCAACUAAAAUGACCAUGCAGAGGUACUACAGUCAAGUAAAUGUUAUCCAUGGCAUGUUCCCCAAGCUGGCCCCUAUGUUUUUAUUAGAGCAUUAAAGAAACUAGGCCCUGGAUCAGUUUAUUGGGGAAAGGCUGAAACCCAUAUGAAGCAGCAACAGGCCCCAGACCAGUUGACCCGCUCUGCAGCUGUGAAGAGUGGGGAUGCUGUCACUUACAGUUCCUCAUAAAAGCCUGUGGAAAGGCCUUAAAUACAGGUUGAGGGGUAAUUGAUACUCUUGUGUUUGUAAAGGGGUUGGGAUUGUGUACUUGUAUGUGGGGCUAAAGACGGGCAGCCAGGGAGAGGGGGAAUCCAGGCCUAACAUGCAGCAUUGGGAGAGAAAGCUGUAGGCUGACUCCAAGAGGUAAAGGAGCAGAAAGACGACUGCAUCUUCCUCAAACUGAGAAAGUUGUUCAGAGCCACCAGCUGUUUUUAGCAGCUUCACAAACUGUCUCAACUAGUUCUGUUUCGUUUUUUUACUUUCCUUUUUCCUCUUUGCUAACACACUGCAGAGGAGGCCUUUGAGGAAAAAUAAACACAUCUUGAUUUAAUUAAUAACUCCCCCUCAUUAUACUGUUUCCCCUUUGAAAUUAACCAUAAAUUAAGAAUAUUUCACCAGAAAUACAACUAUUAUGUUGGGUUUGGUCGUCAUUUUCCCUCUCUCUACAUAUUCAAUGCAAAACAAAUAAGCAAAUUAGUAGCAGCAGUCGGACAUUGUUAAACACUCCUAACACUAAUUCUGGAAAGGAGCUUGGAUAGCAUUACAGCCUUAGAGCCGUGCAAGUGUUUGUAAGAUUACGACGGCCCAAAAUAGCCAAGAUGGAAGUAAUCUGGUUUGAGUCCAUAAAUAAACCUAUCAAUACCAAAUCACCUCUCCAAAGGCGAUAACUAAUUGUGACUGACUUCACAUAGUUAAAUCAAGUAUAUAUUUUGAUUUGUAAUGGGAUACACUGAUUUCAUUCCGAAAGUGGAACUAUUUAUUUUGGUCCCAAACAGACCCCUAGGACCCAGUUGUUACAAUGAUAUGCUUAGGCCUAUACAUCAAUUUGUCUACAUUGGCUUUGAAGUUGUUUUACUAUGGUGUGAAUAUAUACUGAACAAAAAUAUGCAACAAUUUCAAAGAUUUUGCUGAGUUACAGUUCAUAUAAGGAAAUCAGUCAAUUGAAAUGAAUUCAUUAGGCCCUAAUCUAUGGAUUUCACAUGACUGGGCAGGGGCGGAGCCAUGGGUGGGCCUGGGAGGGCAUAGGCCCACCCACUUGGGUGCCAGUCCCACCCAAUCAGAAUGAGUUUUUCCCCCACAAAUAGGGCUUUAUUACAGACAGAAAUAGUCCUCAACACCCCGGCCCCCCUCCGCACAGAAGAAGGUGGAGAAGCCGGAUAUGGAAGUCCUGGGCUGGCGUGGUUACACGUGGGCUGCAGUUGUGAGGCCAGUUGGACGUACUGCCAAAUUCUCUAACACGAUGUUGGAGGUUGCUUAUGGUAAAGAAAUGAACAUUUAAUUAUCUGGCAACAGCUCUGAUGGACAUUCCUGCAGUCAUCAUGACAAUUACACGCUCCCUCAGAACUUGAGACAUCUGUGACAAAACUGGACAUUUUUAGAGUGGCCUUUUAUUGUCCCCAGCACAAGGUGCACCUGUGUAAUGAUCAUGCUGUUUAAUCAGCUUCUUGCUAUGCCACACCUGUCAGGUGGAUGGAUUAUCUUGACAAAGGCUAAAAUGCUCACUAACAGGGAUAUAACCAGAUUUGUGCACAACAUUUGAGAGAAAUUAGUUUUUUGUGCUUAUGAAACAUUUCUGGGAGCUUUUCAGUGUAGAUUGAAAGUACAGAGUCAAUUAUGAAUGGUUUUGUACCAACUAUGUUCCAAUAGCCUGGUGUUCAAAAACAUUCUUGCCUGUCACCUUUCCUUCCUGUUCAUUGAUGUGGAUGAGCUGAAAGGUGAAGCUAUUGUUCACCUCUCAGUGGUCAUGAAGAAAGUAGUCAAGGACAGGGAGAUAUUUCAGAGGCCUAGUAACAAUGUGUUUUUUUGUAAAUAUCUGUUGAUAAACUGCUUAUAAACAUUUGAUAAUCAAGCAGUAUAUAAAAUGACCUUUUAGACUGCAGUGUAUUGGGAAAUAAGUGCUGUUCGAUUACCUUACUCCAGUCCACACUAGUGUUCUGUAGGCCAUAGGCUAUGACCCUUCUCCAUUCUUCUACAUUAUAUUGGUAAUUGUUAUGCAUUUUGUUUACAGUGGCUUAUACCUCCAAUACCCCACAGUCCUUAUAUUCCCUUUCUCCCUCUCUCUCUCUCUCUUAGAUGAUUGCCCGGGGACAGUUCAUUCGGGGAAAUGGUUCAAUUUGCAUGCAAAUGAUUCCAAAACACCAGUCAUUCACACCGCUAAUUAUACCACCAACGUUAGGACGGGGACUUCCUGACAUCACGGAUGGUCAUUAGCAUUCGGCAGGGGAGGAGGUGGUGGUGCUGGCAAGGACAGCCAGGCACUUAUUCAGCCAGGCACUCAAGCGAGCAAGUAGCUGCUCAGCGCUCACUGAAAGUCCCUAUGGAACAUUUUUGUACUUUCUAGUUUUCUGUUGCUGCAUCCGAAAAGAAUUGUUUUGGAUUUGUUCGAAACGUACACAUUUUAUGCUAUUGCAUUUUGGUAUUUGUGUUCAACCGCUUAUUGGGUUUUUUCUAUAGGUGUCGCUUUACUUCCAAGAAUCCGUGCGCUUGGUGGAUGUGUUUGCGGAGCAGAUUGACUAAAAGGCUCGCGGAGCGAAGGGGACGAAUUGCGGCUUCGCACGGACCAGAGAGUGAGAGUGCAGGAUAUGUAAAACUGUGCCGCAUGAAUAGUAGGCUAGCCUAGACUAUGAAAAGGCUUGCAAUGAUGAAAGUGUGUUUGAAUACUAAUAUCACCGGAAGCAGAGCCAUGCUCUCCCUCUCACCUACUUUGUAAUAAGGUAAGCAAAGCCUACAUUCUACGUUUUGCUCCAUUAUUUUGUAUCAAGCUGUUAUUGCGCAGCUGUUAUUUCGGGUUUUAAACUGUGGUUUAGUUCAGUGAUUCUGCCUUCAUGUGCAUUUUACCAGUAAGCCUAUAGUCUCGUGAGUCUUCUCAAGUACCCCCCUGUGGAUAGGCCAAGUCCCCCAGGGGUCCUAGUUACCCUGGUUGGGAACCACUGGUUUAGUUUACGAGAAGGAAAUGACAAAAAGUGCCAGUUUGGGUGAACUGUUAGUGCUGUUGAAAGGUCGUGUUGAAAAUGGGUUUGGUAUUUUCUCACUGCAAGAUAGGCUACAUUUGAUAUUUUCUCACCACAAGAUAGGCUACAUUUGUUGCCUUUUGUGUUCUACAGUGUAGCCUAUGUGGCUCUCAUGGUGUGCUCGAUUUAAACUAAAAUCAUAUCAACAUCAGUGGGCUAUGAGUUGAAAUGUAUUUGACAAUUAGGCAUUCAUUGCUAGUGCUACUACUUUGGAACUUAUCAUUCUGUAAUUUAAAACAAAUUAAGUGUGCUCACAUGCAGUAGUAGAAAUCAUCUCACUAUCUUCACCUCUCACUCAUAAGCUAUCCUCUGUAAUGGAUGUGUUAUUAUCCCUUUUGUCUACCCUUCGUAAUCAAGCUAACCUGUGCCUUUCAGUGUGAUUAGUCUUUGUUGUGUUGCCUCUAAUGAUCUGGCCCUGGCCUGCCACAGGAUUGAUUGAGUCAGAUAGGUCACUUUGGAUUAGCAUAUGAACAGACUAACUGGGGAAUAAUUAAUACUGGGACACUCCAGCAGCUGGAUAAGAGUCCAGGGGUAACGGAGAUAUCAGGCUGUAUUGCGCUGAAACCUCUAGACUACCGGUUGCCUCAGUUCAUAGGCAACCAACCAUCUAUGUCUUGGUAUGCAAAACAAUGCCAGGUCAGUUUUUGACCAUCCAUUUUCAACACCAUGAAAUUGUUUAAUUCAGUCCAUUAGGCUACAUUGUGUUUGUCAGCUUUUCAAACUUGCUGAUCCUUUUACAGAUGGGUUCCCCAAUGACAGCUUGACAGUCUCUCUUGAGAUUAGCUACAGUUCCAUAUGAGGACUGAGUCUCAGGAGCCUGAAAAACUUGCCCUCUCUGUGACUUGCCAUGCAUCUGGCACAGUAGCAGUUACAGAACAAGUAAACACUUAUGAAUAAGUAAUAUGAUAUUCUGGUAUGAAGCUGCUGUAGCUGAAAAGCAUCAUGCUCAGUUAGAUGUUACAUCAAUCUAAUCCUCGCUCACUUCCUGCACUUACCACUCUAAACCUGCACAAAUCACAUAAAGAAGCAGCGUAGAGAGAUGACUGGCCUUUUUUCCCCAAUCUACUUCUCUGAGACAAACUACAUUAUGCAAUAAAGUGUCCAGUGUGUGUGUGGCUGCUUAUCAUAUUGUUUGUUGUCUUGUAGGUGCCUGUGUGUGUUGGAGAGAAAGAAUGGUUUAUGGAUUAUGAUUUAUUGCAGCAGGUGGGCGCAGGCCUAAUCUCCAUUAGAUGGAACAUAUUGGAUCGAGUCACCAGGAAUUAGCUGCUACUAACAAACGCCUUUGUUGAGUUUGACUGCUCUUCUGAAUGUUGUGCAGUUAAGUGAUUAAAGCUGAUCAUACAUGCUUCAAAAAACGACCAAAUUAGGCCAAACAAAGACUAAAUACUUUGUUACUGUUUCCUUUGACACAGUACCAUUACAUUCCUGAAAACCCUUGAACAUGCAAUCUUAAUAACACUGAAUGGAAAUGUCCAUCUGAUCUCACAGAACAAAAGGCAGUUAAAAAAUAGAGAAAGAAUCUGUCCUCCUCUUUUCCAGAGAAAACAAAAGCAGCAGAAAAAAGAGAAAUGUUUGCCUCCAGCUGUUCCUCAGAACCUCUCCUCUGGGCUGCCAUUUAAACAUGGUGUCUAAUCUGUCCGGAAUGAUGCCAUGAAAAGUGGCAUUCGCUCUGGGAGCCACUCUGGAAUGAGUCUGGGAUGGGGGUCCUUUCGGAGACCAUAUCAAGACCUCUCAGCUCCAUGGCUGUUUUUCAGGAAGACGAGGGUUGUGGAUGUGUUGCACACUUUAGAGGAGGUGUUUACGAACCUGGAUGACACCUUACCCUAUAGCAGAUGUACCUGUUAAAUUUGGGUUAGUUAAAUGAAUGGCACCACCACUCAACCCAACCUGUUGAUUAUUCCCUCAGUUGACAGAGGAUUUGUACCAGUACCUCAGAGGAUUUGUACUAGUCCGUAGGUGGUUGUUAAGAAUUCUAGAGGGGUGAAUAAAUAAUGCUUGAUAAAAUACAGUACAUAUCUCUAGUCUAGUUAGAACUUGUCUGUGUGUGGGUCAGUCUGUAGUUUCUUGGGCAUUAGUUUCAAUAGUGGAUUUAGCCUGUGCUGUUGGUGUGUCGACUGACUGUGCAGUGUGUCAGCGUGUAGCUGUUUAACUUGGCUGUUGCCGGGGGGACGUGAGGGGCGAUGCGAUGAUAAACACUGCGGUGGUGAAUGAUUGUCUGCUUACAUCCGUCUCAGGGAUUAUUGUCCACUCGGAUAUCUUCCAGUCCGUAAAGGGUUCCUGCUGUGUUGUGCUGUGCUCUGGCCAUGGACGGACUGGCUUUAUCUGCCCCAGGAGAGGAAAGGUCAGUCAUGUUUAAAGGGGAAACAGUCUACUUAAUUUACUUCAUUCUCCUCCCUUUACUUUGUGGAGGUUUUUUAAGAGGCGUUGGUGAUGUACUUGUAUUACCAGAGCACUCAAUCCCCCUAAUUGAAGUCAUGUAGAUGACCAGCGUAACAUGGGAUAGUGUUUCAGGCUGGAAGUUCCAGUCAAACAGAGGCUCAGGCCCUGGGCAUAUCUCUGCCAAUUCUGAAGCAGGGAGAUCAGAUGUUUGAGAGGUGAAUCACUGGACGAUGGCCUCCAUCUGGAGAGAGAGAGAGAGAGACUCAUGGGACCCACGGGACUCCAGCCCUUCUGCUCACAUGUCCAGCUCAAAGACGAAGAUAACCAUUGGCUUGGUGUUUGUAAGGCCUCUGUCGGUGUCAAAACAGAGACACUACUCUAACCAGGAAUCCAGGCCCAAUGUACUCCUCCAGGCUAUAUUUAAACCCUUAUCGCUAAUCCUGCUCUCUACCAAAAAGGCAGAAUGAACCCACUAGCAUCAAGAGGAGUGGGAGAUGUGUGUGUAGCAUAUUUUUUUUAAUUUUUUCAUGUUUCUUUUGGCGUGGUUUCCUGAAUCAUCUCUCGUGUGUGCUAACGUACAUUCGGUGUGUGAGUAUGUGUGUUUGUCUCCUGUUAAUCACACAUCCAUUAGUCAUGAUGGGGAACUGCUGUAUUGUAAUGAGAGGACUCAGGAUGCUUUAGCCCCAGGCUAGGUGUCCUACCUCUGGGAUGGGUUGUUUAGUAAUCCAUUCUCCUCCACUGUACGGAUGGACUGGUUGUCAGAGAGCUGAUGACUUUGUCUGCAAGCCAAGGCCUGGCUCCAUGUACUACUUACCGCUUCCAUCAAUAUUAAUAGAUAAGAUAUCUUGGCGUUUCAGUGUAUGUUGCUUUAAUAUUCAUGUAGACUUCUCGCUGAAGCCAAUCGCCUCCAGGAACUCAGGUAGAUUGCCCUUGCCAAAGGAUAUUGAAGAAGCAGAGAUCUGUCUUUUAGACAUGUACUAGGCCCCAGACAUGCAUCACUAGUUUAUUUAAUAAUUUUUAACAUGUCAGAAAGCUGUCCACUAAUGUAAUUGGGGAAUCCAUCCGACCAAAACCAUAUGUAAUUUUUUUGUUCUCAAUAGUAAUCAGCCACCUCUCUAUUUCACUUCAUAAUGCUCAUGGGAAUAACUAGUUAAUAACAACCCAUUGCAGAUACAAAUGUUUAGUUCACCGUUUAUAAAGGCAGAAACGCUCUUUGGAUGGUGAGGCAAAUCAGGUGGUGUGACUAGCUAACUGACUAACAGGGUAACUGCACAGAGUUGUGCUUUCAGGCAUCUACACUGUUCCCAGUAAAAGUCUCUGUCUCUUUCUGGCCGUCAAAGAGGCCUAAGCCCCUGUUCCUCUGACCCUGUGCUGCCCACCAGGCGUCUGGCUGGGUUAUGGGAUUAGCUGCCAGAGGGGCAGCAGAGGUUAGUGGAUAUGACCUGCAGGCUAACCCCAUGUCCGCUGGUUACAGGGUCUGCUGCCCGAACAGAGGACUUUCACCAUGUUCAUCUGAGUGUGGGUGUAGCCUAGUUCACAACAUUAGUUUGUUCUAUUUCUAAGGUGGGUGGGUGGGUGGGGGGGGGGGUUUCCUUAACCGGUUUGUCAUUAUGUCCUCACUUGCGUUACCUAGAGAAUUGUGGGAGCUAGAAUGUCUCUGAGAUCCUUCUUACUCGGUGAGACGCACGGCAGGAAGCCUUGACAUGUGAACCCUGGCCCUUGAACUCUGGUGGAGUUUAGAUAUCACAUGCUUCGUUGCUUUGCAAUAGAAAACCCUCAAAACAAAGAUAGACAUCGGAAGAGUUCUGAACUCAACCCACAUUUUGCCAUACAUACAAGACAUAAGUCCUGGUUGGUUAGCAACAGUGUUUAAUAUCACUAUUCACUUGGACAUGUGUCCACUCUAAGCUUUGACUAUGGAUAACUCUUGAUCACUUUUCUCUUUCCUGAAGAGAAAAGUGUCUACUGUAACCUUUGAUAACUCAUCACUGACAUAUUUUCUCUGUCCCUGCGUCCUGUAGGAAGAUCUGUAUCCACUGUAAGUGCAGGCGUGAGGAGCAUGUGGUGACAGCCGUGCCUCUGGAGAUGGAGAAGACCGUCACUAAGCUGAUGUACGACUUCCAGAGGAACUCCACCUCAGACGACGACUCAGGCUGCGCACUGGAGGAGUAUGCCUGGGUGCCCCCGGGGCUCAAACCUGAACAGGUAUGAAAGAUAGACACACACGCACACACACUGGGGGUAUGGUUUGAUUUCCCUAUUCAAACUUCUCUGUGAUGGAUCAAAGUUUAACUCACCAUCUAAUGUUGCAUGUGUGGUGUUCAAGUAAGCCGAUUGGUUUACAAGGAUUAUAUGAUGCCAGGGGUUGAAUUAAUAUCUAAUUAAUUCUGCUUGCAAACUGUUUACUCGUAAUUUACAAGCCCGUUGUUGACUUUGUUAAGCUGGGAUAUGCAGAAACAAGGUGUGCGUGUGUUGGAGUUUUUUGAUUGGACAAUGAAACCUUUAUACAUGUGAGUUUCAUUUUCUUGAUGAACUGAAAGCAAGCCUUAUUGCCUGUGCAAUGGGGUGGUCAAUACGCUGUUCUCGUCCCCAUUUCAGUCGCGCAAGGCUGAGCACAGCCAUUUUUCAUCCCCAAAGGUCACGUGACCUCCAGUCAAUUAAGCCACACUUUAAAAGCAGCACAACACUGGCCUGCCAAACUGGAGACCGAAGAGGAUAGACUGACUGAUAGCUUUCCAAAGCAGUAGGGCAAUAAGACUGGCAAUGUUACUGUUAAAGGAGAGGCUUUGCAUUGAGGAAAUAGGCUAUAGUUUGUAGGAUUUACUGCUGGUUGCAUAAUUAUGUACAUUGAAUUUCCAGGUAUACAGUUAAGCUCUUCCAAAACUGACAUACAAGUCAGUCAAGUCAUAUAAAUGUUUUUUUGACCUUGCACGGUGGGGGGAGGCUAUCUAUUGAGGUACUUUUCAAUGCCCUGCCCAGCCACAGAGGGAGAUGGUGAAUACCACCAGUUAAUCUGUAGAAUCUGAGCUCCAUCCAGGUUUAGGUUUCUCCUCAGGGACAGAGUUCCACCGCCCCAUCUGGAGGAACCUGCUAUUCAGUCUCAACUGGUGUCAAGUCACCAUUCUGUAACUACGUAUUUUAGCAGUCCACAAAGACUGUGGGAGCUAUUCCAUCAACCAGUGUUUCCAUAAUAACUACACAUGAUUUCCCCUUGCUCUGUAAUGAACGUCUGGAUUCAUGCAGUAACACAAUUGUAUUUGCAAUGUGAAACUGAAAGAAUCUCAGCUGCAUUUCAACUACAAUAAUCAUGUUUUUAGUUAUCUCUGAAACCAGGUAUCAGAGUUUAUUGAGUUUUAAGUAAUAGGGAAUUGAGUUUCCUGAACAUUGCUUUUACUCAUUUUUAUAAGACUGCCAUUAUUGACUGUACUGAGAAGUUAUUGGUUCUGGUCUCAGGAAGGCCCAGCCAAUAUACACUCUCUCUCUCGAUGUCAGAGCUAAUAAAAUGUCAGGAAGUUGCCAGGAUACGGGAAGUUGAGGCCAAAUAUGUUACUAAAGUAGCCGUUACUGAUGUCUCUCAGCUGUUGAAGAGGCAGAUCACGCAGUGUCACAAGAGAUAGGGAAGAAUCUGCUUUUGUCAUCCAAGAGGAAAUUAAAUCUUAAAGCUUUUAUUAUUUCAACCUUUACACUUACAUUGAAGGAAACGGCAGCCUGUUAACAUUUAUUGUACUUUGGAAUGGCAGUCCUCCCUUCUUGCCCAUGUGUGGCAGGCUGUUGCAAUGGUGUUUUGUUAAAGUGUGGUAUGUCCAAUAAACAAUCACUGUUGCUUGUUAUAGUGUGUCAGGACUGGUCUUUGGUUGUGUCCUAAACGCUGUCAGUCUCCAGUGAACAGAGAUGAAAAAGAGCUGUGGGGGGAUGUUGGUUUCUAACAUAAACCCUACCAUUAGAUUUACCCUUUAAAAGUCAUAUAGUCUCUGUACAAUUAGAAAGCAGAUUCAAUCUGAGGCCAUUUACACUGAACAAAAAUAUAAACGCAACAUGUAAAGUGUUGGUCCCAUGUUCCAUGAGCUGAAAUAAAAGAUUCCAGAAAUUUCCCAUACGCACAAAAAGCAUAUUUCUCUCAAAUUUUGUGCACAAAUUUGUUUACAUCCCUGUCAGUGAGCAUUGCUCCUUUGCCAAGAUAGAAUUUGGCACUACGUCCAACCAGCCUCACAACCGCAGACCAUGUGUAACCACGCCAGCCCAGGACCUCCACAUCCGGCUUCUUCACCUGUGGGAUCAUCUAAGACCAGCCACCUGGACAGCUGAUAAAACUGUGGGUUUGCACAACCGAAGAAUUUCUGUCAGAAACCGUCUCAGGGAAGCUCAUCUGCGUGCUUGUCAUCCUCACCAGGGUCUUGACCUGACUGCAGUUCGGCUUCGUAACCGACUUCAGUGGGCAAAUGCUCACCUUCAGUGGCCACUGGCACACUGAACAAGUGUGCUCUUCAUGGAUGAAUCCCGGUUUCAACUGUACUGGGCAGAUGGUGUCGGACACAUUUGACAUUUUAGUCAUUUAGCAGACGCUCUUAUCCAGAGUGACUUACAGUUAGUGAGUGCAUACAUUUUCAUACUGGCCCCCCGUAGGAAACAAACCCACAACCCUGGCGUUGCAAGCACCAUGCUCUACCAACUGAGCUACAGGGGACUACACAAACACAAUUAAAUUUUAUCAAUGGCAAUUUGAAUGCACAGAGAUACCGUGACGAGAUUCUGAGGCCCAUUGUCAUGCUAUUCAUCCGCCGCCAUCACCUCAUGUUUCAGCAUGAUAAUGCUUGGCUCCAUGUCGCAAGGAUCUGUACACAAUUCCUGGAAGUAUAAAAUGUCCAAGAUCUUCCAUGGUCUGCAUACUCCCCAGACAUUUCACCCAUUGAGCAUGUUUGGGAUGCUCUGGAUUGACUUGUACGACAGCAUGUUCCAGUUCCCGCCAAUAUCCAUCAACUUCGCACAGCCAUUGAAGAGGAGUGGGAUAACAUUCCACAGGCCACAAUCAAUAGCCUGAUCAACUUUAUGCGAAGGAGAUGUCGCGCUGCAGGAGGCAAAUGGUGGUCACACCAGAUACUGACUGGUUUUCUGAUCCACGACCCUACCUUUUCUUAAGGUAUCUGUGACCUAAUUUAUUUAUUUAAAUUGACUGAUUUCCUUAUAUAAACUGUAACACAGUAAAAUAUUAGAAAUUGUUGCAUGUUGCCUUUAUAUUUUUGUUCAGUGUAGUUUCUAUGGCCCUAAUUACUAUUAUUAUCCCAAUCUGCUCAUCCUAACUGGCUCUGGGGAGGGGGGGCUGGGUGUGCCCUGCUCCACACAUCUACCACACAACAGUGUGGGCAUCAAGAGUGUAAUGGUCUGUUGUUGUUGGACGUGUGUUCAGUGAUUUAUCAGAGUUUGGAUAUCAGAGGCUUUCAAUAUCUAUAUUUUUCUGUAUUCUUUGCAGUGAAUAAAUGCAGAAGGCUUUCUUCAUUAUUCAGGGGUAUAUAUCCAUAUUGUUGUGGUGGCAGGCCCUUUGUACUGUACGCAAGGACAAAGCUGACAGGUUCCAGUCCAAAGAUCCAUUCAUUAGAUAGAUGGGCCAUUAAAAUUGGCUACCUGUGGCCCUGUGGUCAGCACAUAUUAAUUGCCUCUCCUGUACUUCUGGCCCCCUAAUCUCUCCAUCUCUCUCUCUCUUUCCGUCCUCUGGCGCUCGAUACUCCUGAAAUCACAGCCAUUGAAGAACACUGGUCCCGAUUAUGUUCUCCCCCCGUGUAACUCUGAAAGACUAAUACAUUUCACCAAGAUGGCAUUCAUUGUUGGCCAGCAUAAUGUAAAGAAUGUAGCAGUCAUUUUGAGAUUAGCAUUAAGCCUCUGUCUGGCAAACACACGGUUAAUGACUGUAAUGUGUGUGUGUGUGUGUGUGUGUGUGUGUGUGUGUGUGUUCCUGUGGUAGGGGGUUCACAAUGUAGAUAUACAUUUUCUUCCUUACUCAUAUAGCCUACGGGGUUCCAAUAAAUGUUAAUUUGCCACUUGUGGGCCAAUCUCUGUACCAUGUCACUAGUAUUAGUGGUAGUGGUGGCCUGACCAGCCCUGGUCUCUCUCCCGUCAGGUUCAUCACUACUACAGCUCCCUGCCUGAGGACAAGGUGCCCUAUGUGAACAGCCCAGGAGAGAAGCACCGCAUCAAACAGCUCCUCCAUCAGCUGCCCCCCCACGACAAUGAGGUAAGACCCUUAGCCCUCCUCCCGUCUGCCCCCCGGGCACACAGAUGUUGGGAAGGGGGCAUUUGUCACCGGGACAUCUUAACUCUCUAGUGUCUCUAACUCUGGAUCAUUUGUGUUUGUCUCUGCAGCCCUUCAUUACAUGUUGAAUAAUCUCUGUGUGUUUUCCAGGUGCGUUACUGUAACACUUUGGACGAUGAGGAGAAGAGGGAGCUCAAACUCUUCAGUAACCAACGGAAACGGGAGAAUCUGGGCCGCGGCAAUGUGAGACCAUUUCCCGUGACGAUGACUGGAGCGAUCUGUGAGCAGGUACAGUAACUCCAGCGGGACUGGGACUGGUUCACACACAGGCGCUCACAUGAGAAGGUCAGAUGGAGGACAGACACAUAGUAGAGGCUAUACAGGUGUGGCCAUAGUUGGAUAGAUAUGAUAGAAAUACGCGUAUAGCCAUCUCUCACACGAAAAACACAUUACAAAAGUAAUCAAAGAAAAUACUGUAAAGGCGAAGGACUCACCUUUCUUUUGUGGUAGAACCCAGUGACAUUUCUGUCUUUUAUUGUGAUUCACCACGUGAAGAGCUCAGCUGACAUUUAAAAGAAGCUGAUAAAAUGGAGCCUCACAUUCAAGUCAUGACCCAGCCUCUCAACUGUGGUAGAUUUGCCUGCCUGCCUUUCUGUGUUUUCCCUCCUCAUCUCUCCCAAUAGCUUGGCCAGAACAGAUGUCACACUGACACACUAAUGGCUUAUAGGCUCCUUGAUGCUGUGUUUUUGAUCCUAACUCUUCACCUUAUGUUAUACUGUACCUUGGAACGUACAUUCCAGAUUAGAUCUCCUGAAGGUACAUCGCAGUCUAGAUAAACAAAUCUUGAUUUAGCUUUAGUCUACAGCUUUAAGACAUGGAGCCAAUAUUAUAUGAGAUGAAAAGCACAUUGUUUUCAUUCAGAAACACACUCAGCCCCCAGUCAUUCCCUUACAGACCUGAGGCAGUUCUGCAAUGCUCUGUUAUGUUUCUGCCCUGUUUGUAUCCACAUUUUACUCGCUGAGUUUCUUGCUAAGCAGACAACCACAGGAGUGAGUGUGUGAGGGAGUAGAUUGUUCUAAGAGUCUGUAUUGAUUUAAUCCCCUCCCCCGGCUGACCUCUAUGCGUAGCAGGUCUGUGUGCCAGUUAGCAGGUCUGUGUGCCAGUUAGAUAACCUGAUUUGUAAUUCUCUUCUCUCCCUUUCUGUCUCUGUCCCACCUCUCUAAAUUUCCCUCUCUGUCUCCUUCACUCACUCUCCCCCUCCUUUUCUCCCCUCCCUACCAUUCCCACUCCCUGUACCUUUCUCUUCUUCAAAUCUUCCUCUCCCCUCUUCAAAUCUUCCUCUCCCCUCUUCAAAUCUUCCUCUCUCCUCUUCAAAUAUUCCUCUCCCCUCUUCAAAUCUUCCUCUCCCCUCUUCAAAUAUUCCUCUCCCCUCUUCAAAUCUUCCUCUCUCCUCUUCAAAUCUUCCUCUCCCCUCUUCAAAUAUUCCUCUCCCCUCUUCAAAUCUUCCUCUCUCCUCUUCAAAUCUUCCUCUCUCCUCUUCAAAUCUUCCUCUCCCCUCUUCAAAUCUUCCUCUCCCCUCUUCAAAUCUUCCUCUCUCCUCUUCAAAUCUUCCUCUCCCCUCUUCAAAUCUUCCUCUCCCCUCUUCAAAUAUUCCUCUCCCCUCUUCAAAUCUUCCUCUCCCCUCUUCAAAUCUUCCUCUCUCCUCUUCAAAUCUUCCUCUCCCCUCGUCAAAUCUUCCUCUCCCCUCUUCAAAUCUUCCUCUCUCGUCUUCAAAUCUUCCUCUCUCUGUUCCCUUUUUCUUUCCUCUCCCAUCUCUCUCUCCUCCCCAUCUCUCUCCUCCCCAUCUCUCUCCUCCACCAUCGCUCUCUUUCUAUCUCCUAGUGUGGAGGGCAGAUAAACGGAGGUGACAUUGCAGUGUUUGCGUCGCGGGCAGGACACGGCGUGUGUUGGCACCCUGGCUGCUUCGUGUGCAGCAUGUGUGAUGAGCUGCUGGUGGACCUCAUCUACUUCUACCAGGAAGGGAAGAUCUACUGUGGUCGGCACCACGCAGAGAGACUCAAACCACGCUGCUCCGCCUGUGACGAGGUAGGAGCAGACCCUGCUAAACACACACAAAUCAAAUCAAAUUUGAUUGGUCACAUGCGCCGAAUACAACCAGUGUAGACUUUACAGUGAAAUGUUUACUUACGAGCCCAUUCCCAAAAGAGUUAAAAAGUAAGACAAAUAUUUGCUAAUUGUGUGUGUGUGUGAGCGUAUGUAGUGUGUUGGAGUGUCAGUGUAGUAUGUGUGGGUAGAGUCUAGUGAGUGUGCAUAGAGCCAGUGCAAGGGAGUCAGUGCAAAACAAUUAAGAUAAAUAAAUAAAUAAUAGAGGGGGUCAAUGUAAAUUGUCCGGGUAGACAUUUGAUUAACUGUUCAGCAGUUUUAUGGCUUUGGGGUUGAAGCUGUUCAGGUGCCUUUUGGUUACAGACUUGGCGCUCCGGUACUGCUUGCCGUGCAGAGAGAACAGUCUAUGACUUGGGUGGCUGAAGUCUUUGACCAUUUUUAGGGCAUUCCUCAGACACCGCCUGGUAUAGAGGUCCUGGAUGGCAGGGAGUUCGGCCCCAGUGAUGUACUGGGCCAUACGCACUACCCUCUGUAGCGCCUUGCAGUUGGAAUGCUGAGCAAAUGCUAUGCCAAACGGUGAUGCACCCAGUCAAGAUGCUCUCAAUGGUGCAGCUGUAAAACCUUUUGAGAAUCUGAGGGCCCAUGCCAAAUAUUUUCAGCCUCCUGAGAGCGAAGAGGCAUUGUCGUGCCCUCAUCACGACUAUGUUGAUGUUUUUGGACCAUGAUAGGUCCUUAGUGAUGUGGACACUGAGGAACUUGAAGCUCUCGACCCGCUCCACUACAGCCCGUCGAUGUGAAUGUGGGUGUGUUCUGCCCUCCAUUUCCUGUAGUCCACAAUAAGCGCCUUUGUCUUGCUCACGUUGAGGUAGAGGUUGUUAUCCUGGCACCACACUUCCAGGUCUCUGACCUACUCCCUAUAUGCUGUCUCAUCGUUGUCAGUGAUCAGGCCUACCACCGUCGUCGUCGGGAAACUUAAUGAUGGUGUUGGAGUCAUGCGCUGCCACACAGUCGUCGGUGAACAAAGCAUAUGUGCCCAUGUAUGCUGAUGAUUCAACCAUAUACGCAUCAGCAACCACAGCUAAUGAAGUCACUGAAACCCUUAACAAAGAGUUGCAGUCUGUUUUGUAAUGGGUGACCAGUAAUAAACUGGUCCUGAACAUCUCUAAAACUAAGAGCAUUGUAUUUGGUGCAAAUCAUUCCCUAAAUUGUAGACCUCAGCUGAAUCUGGUAAUGAAUGGCGUGGCUGUUGAACAAGUUGAGGAGACUAAAUUACUUGGUGUUACCUUAGAUUGUAAACUGUCAUGGUCAAAACCUAUAGAUUCAAUGGUUAUAAAGAUGGGGAUAGGUCAGUCUGUAAUAAAGAGGUGGUCUGCUUUUUUGACACCAAACUCCAAGAAGCAAGUCCUGCAGGCUCUAGUUUUAUUUUAUCUUGAUUAUUGUCCAGUCAUAUGGUCAAGUGCUGCAAAGAAAAUAUGCAGCUGGCCCAGAACAGAGCCACACGUCUUGCUCUUCAUUGUAAUCAGAGGUCUUAUAUUAAUACUAUGCAUGCCAGUCUCUCUUGGAUUGAGGAAAGAGUGACUGUAUCACUUCUUGGUUUUAUAAGAAACAUUAAUGUGUUGGAAAUUCCAAAUUGUUUGCAUAGUCAACUUACUCACAGCACUGACACACAGACUUACCCCACCAGACAUGCCACCAGGGGCCUUUUCACAGUUCCCAUGUCCAGAACAAAUUCAAGGAAACAUACAGUAUUAUACAGAGCCAUCUUAUAUAGCACAAGUGAACAGCAAACCUGGUUUCAAAAAACAAAUAAAGCAACACCUCACGGCACAACACCUCUCCUCCAUGUGACCUACUUGUUGUGUGUAUGUACUGACAUGUAUGUGUAACUGAUAGAUGCACACACACACACACUACAUGUUCAUGUUUUAAAAUGUACAGUAGCAGUCAAAAGUUUGGACACACCUACUCAUUCAAGGGUUUUUCUUUAUUUGUACUAUUUUCUACAUUGUAGAAUUCAAAACUAUGAAAUAACACAUAUGGAAUCAUGUAGUAACCAAAAAAAGUGUUAAACAAAUAUUUUAAAUUUGAGAUUCUUCAAAUAGCCUCCCUUUGCCUUGAUGACAUCAUUGCACACUCUUGGCAUUCUCUCAACCAGCUUCACCUGGAAUGCUUUUCCAACAGUCUUGAAGGAGGUCUCACAUAUGCUUAGCACUUGUUGGCUACUUUGGGUCUUCCAUUCCUGUGGUGGUCCUCAUGAGAGCCAGUUUCAUCAUAGCGCUUGAUGGUUUUUGCGACUGCACUUGAAGAAACUUUAAAAGUUCUUGAAAUGGUCCGUAUUGACUGACCUUCAUGUCUUAAAAUAAUGAUGGACUGUCAUCUCUCUUUGCUUAUUUGAGCUGUUCUUGCCAUAAUAUGGACUUGGUAUUUUACCAAAUAGGGCUAUCUUCUGUAUACCCCCCCUACCUUGUCACAACACAACUGAUUGGCUCAAACGCAUUAAGAAGGAAAGACAUUCCACUUUUAAGAAGGCACACCUGUUAAUUGAAAUGCAUUCCAGGUGACUACCUCAUGAAGCUGGUUGAGAGAAUGCCAAGAGUGUGCAAAGCUGUCAUCAAGGCAAAGGGUGGCUAUUUGAAGAAUCUCAAAUAUAAAAUAUAUUUUGAUUCAUUUAACACUUUUUUGGUUACUACAUGAUUCCAUAUGUGUUAUUUAGUAGUUUCGAUGUCUUAGGCUUUCCCAUACUCAUCCACACAUAUAACAGAAGUACAACAAAUAGUAUAUUGACUACUAUAAGUGCUAGUGACACUAACUGCCAUGCAAAACACAAUAGAUGAUUUAGACAUGGGUAAACAGAGGAGGCCUAUAUGGUGUCUUGAAAUACACUGCUAUAACAUGGGAAUAAUUCAACAUUGAUUUUCAUUAGAUCUCCAUACACAUGAUCCCAAAGAGUGGACAGUGUGGAUGGUGUAAUACAGUAGGACAGUGUCUGUCAGUAUGGGGGAGGAAUAGGGAGAGGAAGAGGGCUACAGGCAGCGAGGCCUUGAAGUCUUUGCCCUGUCAUUCUCUGUAAUUGGGUGAGCAGGGCCUUGCCUCAGAGAAAAAGCAGCAUGAUAAAUGAUACGUUCCUCAUCCCUCUCUCCUCUCUUUCCUCUCUCCGUCUGUAGAUCAUCUUUGCGGACGAGUGCACAGAGGCAGAGGGUAGGCACUGGCACAUGAAGCACUUCUGCUGUUUCGAGUGUGAGACGGUGCUGGGCGGCCAGCGCUACAUCAUGAAGGAGGGCCGUCCCUACUGCUGCAGCUGUUUCGAGUCCCUCUACGCAGAGUACUGUGACUCCUGUGGGGAACACAUCGGUAUGCCACGCACCCACCCCAUCCAUCAGAGCCAACGCACAAACCCUACUGUAGAGCGCUAGAGCACUGGCACACGUAAAGCAAGACAAAUGGGACGCUAUUUCAGCUGCAAGAUUUCAGUAAUGUUAAGAGAGAACAGAGGAAUGACCUGGAUUUAGCCUGGAAAACAUUUCAGGGAGAAAUAUGCAUGGCUGCAGAGAUGACCUGCUUUCAGUAGAAUUGAACUGUGUCUAUGAUUUAACUCAACACUGGCAUGCAGAUACCCCAAGGCACGGAUACAGGUAGUGUCUUUUAAAACAGACUAGAUGAACUUAACACUGUUUUCACAAAGGGGAAAAAGAUCAGUGGGUGAACAAUUUAAAAUGUAUAUAGUAGAUAAACAGUUUCAUACAUUUUCAGAAGGUAAUUUUCUGUAUGUUAACCAAACCCGUUCUGAGCAGGACUACUUUUCACAGGGUAAACCUAGCGACUUAUCACCAGUUGGCCCAGUGCCAUCUCUGUGCUAUUCUCUCAGUCCAGAGAGCCGCUGGCUUAUCCCUCAACAGGAUCCCCAGCUGUGAUCUGGCACGGCCCUCAGCAAACAGACAUGCAGCUCUGUCAUUAUUUGUUAUACAGGAUACAGAAAGUAUUUGAGUAAUACUGAUUAUAAAUGGAAACCAUCAGAAACCAUUUGAAACCAGAUGGCAGCCAUUAACCGAGGACUGUUCUCCCAACUGCAAACAUACUUAAAAUGCAAUGCAUAGUACAUAAUGAGUUUACCCCUAAACUCAGCUAAGUGUUGUAGCCCCAGGGCCUUUCUUCACUCAAGUUUACUUAUAAUUUCCUACUCAUUUCCUAUUAAAAUGGAGUUGGAAAAUGUUCCAGUUUAUGGACGAUAUCUAUAUCUUUUGAUAAGGGAGUUCUCCCUCUAGAAUAUUUAGCUGAUGUUUUGUAUUUGAUUAGCCUUAAUUUGCCUUGCUGCUUAUAGCACUUUAUCUUUCACAUUCCCCACCUACAAUAUCUCCACAAUGAUUAGUCUUGAUGGUUCUCUGUUGCAGGCAUUGACUCAUUACAGAGCAAAAGAGUAAAGAUUAUUGGGUCCUUCUCAUAAAAAUGUUGGCUUAUAAGUGUUUUCCCCUCUGUCCCUCAGGCAUUGACCAGGGCCAGAUGACAUAUGAUGGUCAGCACUGGCACGCCACAGAGGGCUGUUUCUGCUGUGCCCGCUGUAAGAGCUCCCUCCUAGGUCGCCCCUUCCUGCCCAAACAGGGACAGAUCUUCUGCUCGCGCUCCUGCAGCCUGGGGGAGGAGCCUAACGGGUCAGACUCCUCAGACUCUGCCUUCCAGAGCGCACGCUCCACUCGAGAGUCCCGCCGCAGCUCCAAGGCUGGAAAGAACGGGGGGCAGGCGGGGAGGUUUUCGGGUGAGGUGGACCCUCUCUCCUUACAGAUGGACUUGCUGAGUCUGUCCAGCCAGACGCCCAGUUUGACCCGCGAGCCGCCGGCAUGGCAGAGCCAGGGACAGGGGGGUGACACGUACCCCUACGAGGGCCGAUCAGACCACACAGCAACACCCACCCCACUCCAUCUGCCCAGCCAAUUCAACGUCAGGACUGCAUAUAAUUCCACCUCCCCCGGGCAGGGCAACCAACCAAACCACAGGUCCAAGGAGACAGGUGUCACCAAGAGGCUGCCCAUCUCAGCCCUGAAGGGCCGCUCUAUGAAUGAGAACUGGUUCCAUCAAGGUUCAGGGGACUACUACCCCCCCAAACUGAAACCCCAGCAAAGCUUUGACGUACCCCACAGCUCGUCACACCACAACGGCUUUUCUGAUAAGCGCUCAGUCAGUCUGCAUGUGUUCCAGAGGGAGAACCAGAGGGACAGGGAGAGGGAGAACCAGAGGGACAGGGAGAGGGAGAACCAGAGGGACAGGGAGAGGGAGAACCAGAGGGACAGGGAGAGGGAGGUGGGGCUUCCCCAGCUGGGACGCAGCAGGAACCCCAUCAGCGCACUUAGCUUCACGGAGCAGCUCACUCCCGUAGAGCAGACACCCAGGGGUUCUAUGGAGUCACUGGCCCUGUCCAACGCUACAGGUAACUCUUCCAAAUUCACCAUGGCGGGAAGAUUAAUUAAUGUGAUUGUAUUUGAAGCAAUAUACUGUAUUUAAUUGCUUAGGACAUUUAUUUCUCACAGAAUACUGCAACCUAUCCAGAGGCAAUUACAUACUGUAUGCAUUUCUCAUAAGAGUGUAAUGUCUAUUAUGUCAAUGGAUAUGAGAUUUAUUGACGUAAUAAUGAUAAUAAUGAGGAUAACUGAUGAAGUUGACCACUGACUAACCCCCCCUGUUGUUUCUCUGAAGGAAUGUCAGCAGACGGAGGAGGGAAGCGCCAGGAGCACCUGUCUCGUUUCUCCAUGCCAGACCUGAGCAAAGACUCUGGCAUGAAUGUGUCAGAAAAGAGCAACAUGGGCACCCUCAACUCCUCUGUCCAGUUCCACAGCUCUGACUCUCUGCGCAGCCUCACCUCAGGCCAGCCCUACAUGGAGCUGGAGCCCCCGGUGCAGGUGCAGUACCCUCUGCAGUACUGUGAGCCCCAAGGCCUGGGGAUGGGCAUGAGCCGCCUGCCAGCCAGCUUCACCUACCAGGAGGAGGACAGGGUCAGCCUGGUGAACAGUGCCAAUGCUGCCCGCCUCCCGCCCAUCAGCGAGCGCACGCGGAGACGAGGAGAGGGCCCGGGCAUGGCUGCCCCUGAAGACACCCCUCAGCGCCGGAGACACCAUCACCACCGCUCCCGUCGCUCCAGACGCUCCCGCUCGGAGAACGCCCUGCACCUGGCCGCUGAGCACAGGGAGAGACCCCAGGAGAGGCCCCAGCUGAGAGUCAGGGAGGACUAUGACCAGUUCCCCCCUCCGCGGGGCACCAGGGACCCGUUUGGGGGUGUAGGGGGGAGGUGCAGGGGGCCAGAGCCAUUCAGGCAGUGCCCUCGCACCACCUCUGACCUCACCCUGCAGAAGCCCAGUGCCCACCGCCGUCUCGCCGGGCCCUACUCCUGGGAUGACUAUGAGGAUGAGGACGAGUGGUGCUCCACCUGCUCUUCAUCGUCUGAGUCAGAGGACGAGGGUUACUUCCUGGGAGAGCCCAUUCCUAGGCCUGUGCAGCUGAGGUACCUGAGCAGCCAGGAGCUCCUCCACAAGUACAGCUCCACAGGGGUGGGUGGACCGCACCAAAUGAGCGGCAGAGGGGGACAGCUGCACACCCGUAAACGCCGGAAAAGCAAGAACUGCAUAAUCUCUUAA